AUGGUGGAAGAAUAUUUUGAUGUCCAUAAACCGAAGCCAAUGGUGACUCCCAAACCUGCCCAUGUACGUUGGUCUCCACCGAUGGAAAACCUGUAUAAAGCCAACUUUGAUGCUGCUUUAUUCGAACACCUGGGGUUCGCUGGGCUGGGUAUGGUAGUUAGGGACUGCAGAAGGAAUGUGUUGGCUGCUUUCAGCCAAAAGGUGGCGCUGCCUCAGUCCGUGGAGAUGGCAGUGGCUCUUGUAGCCAAACGAGCUGUACAACUAGCUACAGAGAUGAGUUUCCUAAGGGUGAUGGUGGAGGGUGAUUGCAAAAGGGUUGUUCAAGCUUUACAGGCUCGGGUAGAAGUCUCACAUUGUAUGGGCAUGUGA